GGGGCUCACAACCGAACAAAUCAAUAUCAUGAACAAGUCGAAUCGGAUACAGUACCUUUCGGGUCCUCGUUCCAUCAUGUUCCGGCCAAGCUGACUGGAAUUCCACCAAAGGCCGAGGAGGAUUAUAAAGCUCGGAAUGGGGACCCUAUCUACCUCCAAGGAGUAUUGGUUGUGUCUUAUACCACAAUGCCCCACCCGACAAUCACACCUCCAUCUGUCGAGCAACAUUCAUCUGGCUUCGGCAUUGGAGUCGCCUCCCCACGGUUAUCCUGGCGAUUUUUGACCACAUCCGACAAUAACGUGACAGGAUGGAAACAAACUGCAUAUGAAAUUCAGACGUCUCUACCCUCAAGAGCGAUCGAGACCCACCAAGUGAUAGGAGAUGCCUCCGUUCUCGUCCCGUGGCCAAGCGAACCGCUGAAAUCACGCGAGAGUGCCCAGGUACGGGUUCGAUCAUAUGGGAUAUCCGACGGACAGGCCCAGAGUAGGCCGACAAACUGGUCCCCGUGGACUACUGUUGAGUGCGGCUUGCUCGCCCGCGAUGAUUGGGUUGCUGUUCCCAUCGCCAGCCCGAUACGUCAGCCACAAGACAGCCCCCCUACGCCCAUUGAGAUUUCGGAAGGCGUAUAUCAAGCCUUCGUCAAUGGCCACGAAGUCGGAGAUCAAUUCAUGGCUCCAGGUUGGACCAGUUACCGGCAUCGCUUAAAUUACCAAGUGUAUGAUGUUGCACCGCUCCUGAAAUUGAAUGGGCCCAAUGUCAUUGCAGUAGAGGUCGGUGAAGGAUGGUAUGCAACGCGCCUUGGAUUUCUUGGAGGGCGCAGACAGCUUUAUGGAGAUCGUCUUGCCGUGCUUGCCCAGCUAGAGGUGCGACCGCAGAACGAUGCCCCAGAUAUAUCUGUGAUAACCGACUCGACAUGGGCCUGUUGCCCAAGUGCCAUCAUAAAGAGUGAAAUCUAUGACGGCGAAGUUUAUGAUGCGCGCGAGGAAGACCUCAGUUGGAACUCACCCGCUGCAGACACGAAUAGAGCGGCCUCCUGGAUUCCGGCUCAGGAGUUGCCCUUCACGACUGCCACCCUGGUUGCUCCAGAUGCGCCACCGGUGCGCAUUACCGAAGAACGAAAGCCAGUGAAGAUCCUGCAAACACCAUCGGGGAAGACGGUAAUUGACUUCGGUCAAAACCUUGUCGGUCGAGUGCGCAUCCGCUCCAUGAACAAACCGUUAGGUAGCGAGGUUACUUUGACCCACGCAGAGGUCCUGGAACAUGGAGAAAUUGGAACUCGGCCGUUGCGACAUGCAAAAUGUACAGAUAAAAUUAUAUCUGCUGGGAUUGAACUGCAAGACUGGUCACCGCAAUACACCUUUCACGGAUUUCGAUAUGUUCAGGUCGAUGGCUGGACCGAUCAAGAUCCCCCAUUGCUGACCAACAUGACCGCGCUUGUAUUGCACACGGAUAUGGCUCGCACUGGUUGGUUCACAUGUUCUCACCCCAUGGUGAAUCAGCUCCAUGAGAAUGCCUGGUGGAGUAUGCGUGGCAAUUUCCUCUCUAUUCCGACUGAUUGUCCCCAGCGGGACGAACGCCUUGGAUGGACAGGUGAUAUUCAGAUCUUCUGUCAGUCGGCCAACUUCCUUUACAACACUGCUGGGAUGUUAGGAGAUUGGCUCAAAGAUGUGGCGGCAGAGCAGCUUCUGGAUGGUGACGGCUGUGUCCCUCCAUUUGUUGUCCCGAAUGUCAUUAGUGAGAAGUUGUGGCCUCAUCUUCCACAAGCCAUUUGGGAUGAUGUGGUCGUCUUGACACCCUGGGAGCUUUACCGUUCCUAUGGGGACAUUGGUAUCCUUCGUCGACAAUAUGCGAGUAUGCUAGCAUGGAUCGAUCGUGGCAUUCGAAGGGGCCCGGAUGGUCUGUGGAAUCCUCAGCUUUGGCAGUUGGGAGAUUGGCUGGAUCCCACCGCUCCCCCAAUUGAGCCAGGUGAUGCUCGCACGAACGGAACGCUGGUGGCAGACGCCUAUCUUGUACAUGUGACUAGUACAAUGGCCCAAAUCAGCAACGCUCUUGGGGAGACAGCAGAUGCCGCGCGGUUCCAAUCAGACGCCUGCCAACUCAAGUCUACAUUCCAAGCCAAGUAUAUUGCUCAGUCAGGCUUGGUAGUCGGUGAUACGCAGACGGCUCUCAGUCUUGCUAUUAUGUUCGAUCUACAUCCGACCGCUGAACAAGAAGCGACUGCUGCUGCGCGCUUGGUUCAUUUGGUCAGAUUAGCCAAAUUCCGAGUCGCCACUGGUUUCGCCGGCACUCCGCUUAUCACCCACGCGCUUACAAAGUCUGGUCAUCACCAAGUCGCCUACCGCAUGUUGCUGGAGAAGGGGUGCCCGUCAUGGAUGUAUCCUAUCACCAUGGGAGCAACCACCAUGUGGGAACGAUGGGAUAGCAUGCUUCCUGACGGGUCCAUCAAUCCAGGGGAGAUGACCAGCUUCAAUCACUACGCUCUUGGCUCGAUCAUCAACUGGCUACACUCCAGUGUUGGAGGUGUCACUCCGAUUUCACCAGGGUGGAAGGAAAUCCGAGUUGAGCCUGUCCCAGGUGGUACAAUUGACUCUGCUGACGUUGCCUAUGAAACGCCUUAUGGACGAUUGGAAUGCCAAUGGAGGAUUUACCCCGAGGAUAACCAAUUCAGCUUGGAACUGUUGGUACCUCCAAACUCCUCUGCAUUGGUUAUAUUACCAAGUGAGCAGCACAGGCAGACACGCUGUGAACUUGAUACAAAUCGGGACGGGGCAUGGGUUGGAUCUGGACGUUAUCACCUCUCAUGUGAAUGGGAUGCGAGUAGCUAUCGUCAUGAGUGGCCUCCGAAACCGAUAAUUCCCAUUAUGCGGAGUCCUGAGCCUGAGAGCAUUGCUUGA